AUGGUGAGCGGGGAGGGCGGGCGGGCGGCCGGCCGGCGGGCUCCGUCAGGGUGGCCCGGCAGGGUCUGUCAGGGCGGCGGCCCGGCGGCACCGUCUCUCUCUUGUCGCCCGCAGGCGGCGGCGGCAGAGGAGCGCGGCGGGCGGCGGCGGGUGGCCAGGCUGUGGGCUGCGGUGGAGCAGGAGCGGCGACUGGAUGAGGCCGUGCGGAGGGACGAAGAGAAGAAGCAGCAGAGGGAGCAGCAGCUGGAGCAGGAGGAACGGCUGGCAGUUGAGCUGGCCAGGCUCAAGCAUGAGAAGCUGAAGGAUGAAAAGAUGAGGCAGCAAGUGCGGGAGAACAGUCUUGAACUUCGAGAGUUAGAAAAAAAACUGAAAUCUGCUUACAUGAAUAAGGAGCGAGCUGCACAGAUUGCUGAAAAAGAAGCUAUACAGUAUGAGAAAAUGAAACGUGAUGCUGAAAUAGCCCAAAAGAUGAAGGAAGAGUAUGAAAGGGUAGCAAAAGAAGAAAGUUCUGCAGAACUAAGGCGAAACAAGGAGAAAAUAAUGUAUCAGCAAGAACUGGAGAAACAGCUUGAGGAACAAGACAGGAAGAGGCAGGAUGCUUAUGAAGAGUUUCUAAAAGAGAAACUCAUGAUUGAUGAAAUCAUAAGGAAGAUCUAUGAGGAAGACCAAAUGGAAAAACAACGAAAGUUAGAAAAAAUGAGAGCAACUCAGAUGCAUAUUGACAAAUUUAAAAAAGAACAAGCUAUCUGGAGGCAGAGGAAACAGGAAGAGAUGGAAGAAGAAAAUAAGAGAAUCAUGGAGUUUGCCAGCCGUCAGCAACAAAGAGAAGAAGAGCGGAUGGCUAAAGUUCGAGACAUGGAGGAGAAAAAGCAUAGACUUCAAGCCGUGAUUGCCCAGAAUCUACAAAGAGAACAACAGAAGCGUGAAGAACUGGAACAAAUACGACAAGAGCUGUAUCUGGAAGAACAAGCAGAGACAGAGAGGAAGAAGGAGACGGCAGAAAUUGAAAAGAAAAUAAGGCAACGUCUAGACUUAAAACAAACAUAUGAAGAGCAAUUUGCUUUAAAGAAGAUAGCGCAACAAGCUAUGCAAGAAGAGGAAGAAGCCUUCAGACAACAGAUGUUGGCCAAGUUUGCAGAGGAUGAUCGCAUUGAACAGAUGAAUGCUCAGAAACGAAGAAUGAAACAGUUUGAACACAAAAAGGCUGUGGAAAAACUUAUUGAAGACCGUCGCAGGCAAUUUAUUGCAGAUAAAGAACGUGAACUCGAAGAAAGGCAGUUAGAGGAGAAAAGACAAGAAAACAUUCGUCUAAUUGUUGAAGAAGAGAGACAGAAACUCUUGAAAGAGCACGCAUCUAAAUUACUGGGUUAUCUUCCUAGAGGAAUACUCAAAGGUGAAGAUGACAUUAAGCUGCUUGGUGAGGAAUUUAGGUUGGCUUUCCAAAAGAGAAGAGAGAAUGCAUUUUCUGAAGAGGGAUGAAAUUUCCACCGUCUCCUCUCCUGGUUUGCCAGUAGAUGUCAUCUGAUUUCUAAUGAAAAUUUCUGUUGAUGUUAACAGUGAGGAGCUCCUUUUUAUUGCCAAAAAAGUCUCCAUUUUAAGACUGGAAGAUAUGAUGGACAGCGAGUUUUAUUUAAAUGUAUAUUGUACCUGCAUUUUUCACCAAUCAGCUGGUAGGAAAUUAAGUUAUUAUUUGUCAAUUACACAGGACAUUUGAGUUUGGGUUGAAGAAAUGUUUAGAAGUAUUUUCUUUAGCAACUGAACAGAACCCUAAGACACUGUAAAUUCAGAUGGAUAUUUCGUAAUGGACUAGCGCAUUGGGAUGCUAUAUUUUUGGUUUUAAUUUAAAGAUUUAUCUAUAUUUGCAUAACACUAUUACAAUACUAAUCUAAAUGUUUCUCCUUACAAAUGGUACAUCUGAAUUACUUGUUCAUUGCUAGCUCAUGUUACUUUGCUAGUAGGAUCUAAGUAGAGGGAGUUCUCAUUUUGAUGUCAGAAUCACUUUAUAAUAUUACUUCUGUACAUAAACUUACUGUUUGUGUGUCGUGUUCCUAUUAAGUUGCUCUGUGGGAGGAAUACAUUGAAAUAGCUGAGGUUUGACAAAGAUUUGUGCAGCCAGGACUGACCUUUAUUGCUCCCCUUCAUUAAGGUACACAGCUCACAUUUUUAUCUAGUCCUUGAUUAUAACGAUGCCAUAAUAAAAUCUUCAAGGAGAUAAUGCCAGUAGGGCACCUGUGAAUAUGGAGCCAUUCCUCCUGAUGGUAUCCAUAAGCAGGAGCUGAUGACCAGGGACAGAGUCAAGUUUUAUUACUUGGACUAAAUUAGAAAUUUUGAACAAUACAAGUGUAUCAGAUUUAUAGAGUCAUUCUGGAUAUUGAGGGGCAAUUCUCAGGUAUGUUUUUGCCACUCACACUGUAAGGUGAACAACUAAACCAAGUUAUGAAUGUUUUCGCAGAAGAGCUGUUGAUGCUUAAACCAAAAAUCUGUUGCAGAGAACAGACAAUGACAAUUUCCAAACAUGUUUUGUAAAGGACGUGACACUUUUGUUAAAUUAUUCCUGUUGCGAUAAGGAAUUUUCUAAGACUAAACACUGACUUCUCUUUUAACUGAGCAUUACCUUAUCUAACAAACAUUUCUGAAUACUAAAACAAAAAAAAAUAACAAAGUUCCCGUGUUGGAAUCUUGCUUGC